AUGCUGUUCAUGGUGUACGGCGCGGCGGCCCCGGACUGGUGGUGUUCUGAAGGAAUAGAGCUAGGAAACGUCACAAGUGGAGCGGCGGGCAAUGAUUCCCGACGGAAGGGCUGCGAAAUCCAUCUGAAUGGUGUCUCCAAACCUUGCGAACAGUUUAAGUUCAGCGAUGAGAUGAAUACUAUAGUGUCUCGGUUUUCUCUGGUUUGCGACCACGAGUGGAUCUCCUCAACUAUAACCUCCAUCCAGAUGGCUGGCAUCCUCGUGGGGAACAUUGCAUGUGGCCAAGUGGCCGAUCUUAUUGGCCGAAAGAAACCGUUUUUUGCCUCCAUACUGGCCCUUGUCCUCCUCAACAUUGGUGCCGCGUUCUCUGUCUCCUGGGUGAUGUUCGCCGUCUUUCGCUUCCUAAUCGGGGUUUCCGUGGGAUUCGAAGUCAUUGUUCAGUACAACCUAACUGCAGAAUUUACACAGACUCGUUGGAGGACGUGGGUUGUGGCUAUGCCGUCCUGGGCCAUUGCUACUUCGCUGUUUGCCCUCGUCUGCUGGGCCCUGAACGACUGGGUGUGGAUCCACAUUGCCACCGCCGCCACUGGACUCCCUCUUCUGUUCACAUACUGGUUUGUUCCUGAGAGCUUCCGUUGGUAUAUCGGUCAUGACAGAAUUGAGGAUGCCAAACAAAUAGUAAAAAAGAUGGCGCGAUAUAACAGGAAGCCCGUCCCCAAGAGCUUGGACUAUAUAGGGAAAGAAAACGCAGAAAGCGGGGACCAGAAAUAUUUCUUUAGCGACUUGUUUAAAGAAAGAAAACUGAGACUGUAUACGUGCCUAUUUAUGUUAGUUUGGAUGACCCUACGGCUUACCACGUAUGGGAUCCAGUUUGGGGUUCCUAGGCUGUCCGGAAAUCUGUUCAUAAACAUGUUUAUCCUCGGCCUCACUCUAAGCCCAAUACAAUUCAUCAACAUCUGGCUUCAAAACAGACUGGGUCGGAAGAAAACAGCCUGUUUGUGUUAUGGUCUGGCUGCAGCGGCGGCGUUCGCAGUGGCUGUAACAGCAAGAAUUCCAGAUAGCCAGGGUCAAGACUGGGCCACAAACAUUUUCGCAAUUAUGGCAUUGACCAUGGCAAAUGCCGCCUGGUCGCCACUUCAGACUCUUACAAUGGAAACCUACCCUACCGUGAUCAGAAAUUUGGGUUACGGAACCCAGAACACGAUGACUAGGAUCGGAGCGAUAAUAGGACCACAGCUUGUCUACCUGGAGACAAUGUUUGAGGGAAGCCUGUAUUGGAUCUCAGGCACGGCGCUUGUGGUCGCCAUGGCGCUGCUCGUGCCCAUACCAGAAACUGGAAGAAGAGACCUUGUUGACAAAAUCGUUUUGCCGAUAGCGCCGCCUACAGUAGAAGAUGAUGAUAGCGAAGAAAAGCAGGAGACGACGAGUCUUGUGUGACAUUCAUGUUGUCAUAUGUUUUUACUCUCCUUUUGCUAUGAAUGUUUAACAGUACUUAUACAGUUCGUCUUUUUUCCUCAGUUGUGCAUACUUUAUUUAUAAUUGCGCUCAGGAAAAACACAAAUCACAAAAAGACAAAUGCAAAAUAUCAAUUUAAUUAAAUGGAAAUGAUAUAAACAUAGAUAAAAAGCUUA